GUUUCUCCUACUCCUUAUACUGUUUAUGUAUAUGUAUGUAUAUACUUUGCGCAGACGACGAAGGAAGGUAGUCGAGGUCGAACUCUCGAGAAGAUACAGUGCGACGGAAUCUGUAGUGCGUAGUUUAUACUUCCUUGACGAAUAAUAGGCUCAUUAGUUCCGAGAAACAGCGAAGAUGUCGAAGUUCAUGCUGCUCGUUUUUGUAACUCUUGUUGCUAGCACACUUAUCGUAGCUGCUCCUGAUAAAUCACGCUGCGGUCGGCACGGUGACCCUUGCGUGGCUGAUUCUGAAUGCUGUCAAAACAUAAGAUGCCACUCAUAUGCGCAUAGAUGCCAAGUCAUUAUUACUGCUGAAGAACUAAUGGCACAGAGAGAACGAAUUUUGGGCAAGAAAUCAAAAUCUUAUUAAUUAACUAUUAUCUCUCUCUGAUCGUGCAAUCGUGACAGUAAAAAAGAAAUAUAAUUUUUCUUUUGUAUAUAAAAAGUCACUGAAAUUAUAUCGAGUUAUAGCAUAAUGAAAAUGUAAAAUAAAAUCGUUUUUAAUUA